AUGGAUCAUACUGAGUGUAACAAUCGCAUAGAAUAUUUACAGAAUAAAGUAUUAGAAUUAGAAUCAUUGAAUGAGAAUUUGAAGGGUCAGUUGGAAUAUUUUCAAACUAAAUUUUUAGAAUCAAAUUUAAAUAGCGAAGGAAAGGAUAUUUCAUCAUGUUUAACAGAAAUUUAUAAUAGUUUAAGUUUGGAUAAUAAUAAUAACAAUAGUAAUAGUAAUAGUAAUAGUAAUAAUAAUAGUAGCAAUAGUAAUAAUAAUUCAUAUUCAAAUUUUAAUUCUAAUAAUAAUACAACAAACAAUACAAAAGUUAUUAAAAAUAGAAAUUUUAAAAUAAAUUUAACAAAUAGUAAUAGUACAAAUUCAAGUCCUUAUAUUUUUGGAAAUAAUAAAGAUAAUAGUAAUAAUAGUAAUAAUAGUAAUAAUAAUAAUAGCAACACUGAGUUAAGUAAUGACCAUUUAUCUUUAGAAGAUAAUAUAGCAACAACAAAUACAACAACAACUACAACUAUAAAUACAUCUAAUAGUAAUAAUAGUAAUAAUAAUAAUAAUAAUAAUAAUAAUAAUAAUAAUAAUAAUAAUAAUAAUAAUAAUAAUAAUAAUAAACCAACAUCAAACCGUCCACCAGUAGCACCUAGAUCAUUUAUUAGAUCAAAUUCCGAUACAUUUAUAACACCACCAGGUUCACCAACAUCAAGUCGAAAUAGUCCAACCAAUAAAUCAUCACCUCAAUUUUUAUCACCACUUUCUAAAUCACCAUUAUCACAAUCAACUCAAUCCACAACAGUAUCAUCUCCUUCGCCAUCUUGGACAACAACAGUACCACAAUCAAAAAUGAGAUCUGAAACAAUUGUACAAUCAAAAUCACCCUAUAGUCCAGAUACAAAUAUAUCAAAUAAAUUAAUAAAUGAAUUAGCGUCAAAUAUUGGUGCUCCAAAUAGUAAUGGCUCUGAAAGUCCUUCUAAAAAUUCACCAAGAUCAUUAAAUAGUAAUAAUAAUAAUAGUAGUGCAACAACAUCAAUAACAACACCACCAACAACAUCAACACCAACACCAACAACAUCAACAACAACAACAACAACAACAGAAAGAAGACCAGAAGAUAGAAGAAGUAAAACAUCACCAUUUCCAAAUGUUGGUACAACAACACCACCAUUAUCAAAUAGUGCACAUUUAGUUAGAACGCAAUCUGCAAGUGGUGCAAAUGCAGUUAAACCUCAAUCACAAUUAAGUACAAGUUGUACAGUCAAUAUGAUAGGUGGUGGUGGUACACCACGUAGUAACAAUAGUAGUAAUGGUAGUUUAUAUCAUUCAAUGAGUAGUAAUGGAUUAAUUGAAAAUUUAUCAACAUCAUCAUCAUUAUCAUUAUCAUCAACAUCACCAUCACCAAAUAAUAGUCAACAAAAUUUAACGAAUCCAUUUGAAAUUGGUGCAGAUGAUGAAUUGGAAGUAUUGGAUGAUCCAAGAUUGGUGAUGGUAAAAACUGAAAAUGGGUUCAUAGUUAAAGGUGGCACAAUUGAAAAAUUAGUAAAUCGUUUAAUUGCAAAACAUGACCCAGAUUUCACAUCAGCUUUCCUUUUAACCCACAAAUCAUUCACAACUUCAAUUGAAUUGUUAGACCUUCUAAUUGAGUUUUAUGUAAAUAAUAAAGAUUCCUCAUCAAUAAAUUCGAAUUCAUCUUCCUCCUCAUCAUCAGCAGUAGCAUCAUCAUCAUUUUCAAAUAUAAAUUGUAAUAUAAGUGAUUUAAGUAGUAGUACAAGUUCAACAAAUUCAUUAUUAAUAAAUAGUAUAACAAAUAGUCCAAUUAUAAAUAGUAACAAUCAAAAUAAUCAAAAUAAUAAUAAUAAUAAUAAUAAUAAUAAUAAUAAUAAUAAUAAUCAAUUAGAAAUUAAUGGAGAUAAAAAGAAAAAAGCAAUUAGAUUAAAGAUUACAAAUGUUAUAAAAUCAUGGGUUGAUAAACAUUAUUAUGAUUUUUCAGAGGAUAAACAAUUGACUUUGAAAUUGGAUCAAUUCAUUACCAAUCAUAUUAUGUUUGAUAUGGAUAAGAUUGGAUUCAAUUUGAAGAGAUUGUUAACCAAUGAUCGUGUUGUACCAGUGCCAACCUUUACCCAGGGCCCGCCAACACCAAUACCACCCAAAAUGAAAUCAAAUGGGUCGGAAAUCAAUUUCAAAGAUUUAGAUCCAACAGAGAUUGCAAGACAAUUGACACUCUAUGAAUCUGACCUAUUCAGAAAGAUUGGUGCAAAGGAGUGUUUGGGUCAAGCUUGGAAUAAGGAUGGUAAGGAAGAGAAUGCACCAAAUAUAGUCUCGUUCAUAAAGAGAUUCAAUCAAGUUUCGUCCUGGGUUGCCACAGAAAUCGUUAGACAGGAGAAAUUAAAAGAUAGAGUUUCCUACAUAAAGAGAUUCAUUUUGGUGGCUCAAGAAUGUAGAAAACUAAAUAACUUUAAUGCCACAAUGGAAAUUCUAUCUGGUCUUCAAAAUUCCUCAGUUUAUCGUCUAAGAAAAACUUGGGAACGUGUUGAAUCAAAACCAUUACUAAAGAAUACUUUAGAUGAAUUAAUGAGUUUAAUGUCAAGUGGUGCAAAUUAUAAAAAUUAUAUUCAAGAACUUCAUAAUAUUCAUCCACCUUGUAUACCUUAUUUAGGUGUUUAUUUAACUCAUUUAACUUUUAUAGAAGAUGGUAUGAAGAAUGUAUUAACAACAACAACUGCAACAACAACCAAUACUACAACUACAACAACAACAACUACAACAACAACAACAACAAAUACUACAACUUCAAAUAAUAAUAAUCAACAACAAUUAAAUGGUGCAAAUCGUUCAUUUGAUGAUGUUAUUAUUAAUUUUGAAAAAUGUAGAAAAAUAUCUGUGGUCAUUAGAGAAAUUAAACAAUAUCAACAACAACAAUAUCACCUUCAUACUGAAGAGUUUACUUUACGUUAUCUAAGUAAUUUACCUUCAAUUCAAACUCAAAAAUCAAUGUAUAAAUUAAGUUUAAUUUGUGAACCAAAAGAAAAAGAAACUUCAAGUUUUGAUAGUGGUUAUGGUUCAGUUUCUGAUCGACCUUCAAAAAAAGAAUUUUCAGUGACUUCACUUUUAAAUUCUUUUAAGUCUUAA